UACUAAGUAAUUCGACUACCUACAAUAUACGUGUUUUUUCCUCUUACCCUUCCUGUCCUCUUUUCUUUUCUCUCCUUGUUUCUCUGCAUGGGUACCUAUUUCUCUUUUUUUUUUUUGUUUUUUUUUUUUGUUAACGGAAGCGCAAAUCACUUAUACUUAUUAAUCUUGGUGGUGAAAAAUACAUGUUGACAUGAGCUUCGUGUUAUAUACUUUAGUGACAAUGAAUUCGUCAGAGAAGACUGUAGCAAGUUAUGUGAUUAACUAUUGACGAAAUUACCUGGUCGGGACUACGGCUGUGCUUGUUUUUUUGUGCCGAAGCAAAGCAAAGAAGCAGAUUAUUGAUAUACGAAUAUCAGAACUGAAAAGGAGAGCACAUUUAACAACAUACUGGUUUUAUAUACAACGGAAAGGAUGACCUGCAAGUUUAGUUACCACAGGGGCUUGCAGAUUGGGCUUUGGAUACCUGGCCCAAAAAAGCUGGGCUAAAGAAUGCUGCGAGGCCAGUUGAAAGAAUUUUCAUCCUGGAUGGUUUGUCUUCAUCCAGAGCCAUUCAAGCCCAAAAUGUUUGGCUCCAAAACGAGUGGCCACAGUACCUUUUACACAGACUUACAUAUCACGGAUGAGAAAGCUUCAUCCACCACGUCUGUUGAUUCAGACAAAGGUAGUAACAGAAAUUCCAGAAUACUGGAGCAACAGAGCACAACCAGCGAAGAUGGGAACUCUCAGGACUCAGAUUCUGUUGGUGGGCAGGAUGAACAGAGCCAAUACCCCAGACAUUCCUUCCACAGGAUUGCAAGCUUUGGAGGCUUUUCUAGAUUCAGACCUUUUAUUAUGUCAGCUUCUGCUACAGAAGUUAGCACAACUGAAGAGGCUGUCACUGAAUCUUCUUUUUCAAAAAUGUCCCACAGUGUUUUGGAGUACAGAAGUAGCAGCUACGUAGUUACAGAAAGUUCUUAUCAAAAUGAUUAUGCAGUUAGUGAAUCAGAUAGUGAUGAGGAGUCUGAAGAGACCAGAUCUUCUGAAACAGACUCGGCUAUUGUUGCGGACCAUGCAGAUGAUAUUCUAGUGGAAAAAAAACUAAAUGCUAAGAGGAAUUUAAUUGAAGAAAAGAGAAAAAAAGCAAGACUGAUUGCCUAUGAAUUGUUAUCCACAGAAAAAAAGUAUGUUAGCACCUUGUACCUCAUAGAUCAAAUAUUUCAAUUCCGAGUUGACCAAGAAAAUCGGGCACAUACGAUGUUCCCACCAGAGACUGUUCAGCACAUGUUUUCCAAUAUUAAAUCGAUUUACAUAUUUCACAACGACUUCUUGUUACCUCAGCUAGAGGUAAGGAUAGAUGCGUGGGACGCAGAUCCCCGAAUCGGCGAUAUCAUGAAGAAUUUCGCUCCGUUUUUGAAAAUGUACACCGAGUACGUGAAGAAUUUUGACUAUGCCAUAAAUUUAAUAAGCACACUGCAGCAAAAAGUUUUAAGGUUCGCCGCAAUUAUAAACGAAAUUCAGAAAACGGAAGAGUGCGCAAAAUUGUCCCUACAGCACCACAUGCUCAGCCCCAUUCAGAGAUUGCCGAGAUACGAGUUAUUAUUGAAAGAUUAUUUGAGAAAUCUUGUUAAAGAUAAUCCUGACUACGAAGAUACCAAAAAAGCACUAGAGUUAGUGUCAACAGCGGCAAACCACACCAACGAAGCCAUGAAGAAGAUCGACAAGUUCAAGAAACUCCUGGAGAUCCAAGAAAGUAUUUACGAUUCAACCGACCUAGUCAGUGCGACGCGCGAGCUCGUCAAAGAAGGAAGAAUCGUCAAAAUUUCAGCAAGAAGUGGUGAUCACCAAGAAAGAUACAUGUUCCUAUUCAGCGAUAUCCUACUGCUGUGCUCGCUACGACUGAUACCAGGCCCAAUGUAUCGACUGCGCGCCAAAUUCAUGAUCGAAAACCUCCAGGUGAUCGAAGGCGACAAUCUCGAGACCGCCAACACGUUUUACCUUCGUGACGAGAACAAGAGCGUCGAGCUGUACACCCACUCGGCGACGGACAAGGCUGCAUGGCUGGACGCGCUGUUCGAGACCAUGCAAGAGAUCAUGCGGCGCAAGGCGAGCUUGAAGACCGGAGACAAUCCAAAGACGGCCGGUCUGGUCAAGGCCGACGAUGUCACGCGCUGCAUGGUGUGCGAGGCUAUCUUCUCCGUUAUGAAGCGCAAGCACAAUUGUCGCGCUUGUGGAAUCAUCGUGUGCAGCAAAUGCUCGAACCAAAAGCUUCUGUUCGAGGAUAAUAAGAACAUGCGGGUGUGCCGGCUAUGCCACGCCGCACUGACACAACCGCUGAGCAAAACCUCGCCAUCUUCCCCGAACGGCCCGGUGUCGUCGCUCCUUCAAGUCUCGGCGGCCGCGUCCUCUGUCCUUUCGGGCUACCUGCACCUCAAGACCCAGGCCAGUAAGCCGUGGACGCCACGCUACUUUGCUCUCCACGUGGACUUUGUCCUCUACAGCUUUAAAUCAGACAGUGAAAGCACGGCUAUGACCGCGACGCCGAUGCCCGGUUUUGCAGUAACGGACGCCACUGAGCUACCCGAUGAGGAUCCGUUGAAUUCCAAGGACCGUGUCCGGGCGUUCAAAAUUCAUCAUACGCGCAAGUGUUAUUACCUGCAGACAGCUUCGCAGUCGGAGAAGGACAGGUGGCUCAACGCAUUGCAAUUAGCAACCAAGGCGGAACUGCCUCAGCCCACUGAUCACGAUGUCAAAGAUGCACAACUAGAAAGUCAAUAAAAUAGAAAAUAAGGAAGACGCCCCACCUGCCAAAGGCGAGGAACAUUGGGAGGAAACUAAAGUAUUCUACAAGCGUAUUAAACAUUUUAGCCAAUUUUCCCAUUAAUCGCGUUAAAGAGAAUGAAGAUAAACGACGACGAGAUACACGUAGCACUUUAUUGUUGGUAAAUAGUCUUACACGAAUGAGUAUUGUUAAAUCACGUUACAAUUUUUUUUUUUUUUUUUUUUUUUUUUUUUUCUCAAGUAUUUCCAGUUGUGAGAUGUGUUUUUGUUUUUAAUAAGAGACGCAUCGCGAUUCAUGUGUACAAAACGAAUUUUUGAAAAUAUACACCAGAGGAUUUUUUAAGAUUUUAAUGUAAUCGCGAGUACGAAUUUUUAAGCUUCUUUGUUAUUGCUAUAUUGAUGAAAAAAAAUGCGUGAAUUUGGACGCAAUUUUUUAAAACGUAAGAGACAAAUUUUUAUCUCGUCCUUACAAUAUCACUUUUAGAGAUUUUAUACAAAUAUAUUAAUCCGUUUACGAUAACACAAUCACACCUGAGAUCUAUAUAUUGACUGUCUCUGACUGGCGCUUGUUAUUUUUGUAAAAUUAUGUUAUAUCUAUUAAAAUAUUAUAUACGUCGUUUAAUAAGCGGAAUGAGGAAAUAAAGUAAUAGAAAAAAAGCUAAGCUAGAAUCGAUAGUAAUAAUACUAUAAAUGUGUAAAUGAAUCACGCUGGUUUGAGUGACAACUGGAUAUUCAGCUUUCAUGGUUUCAUCAGCAGCUCGCAAUUAUUAAAUUCUGUGAUUUAUACAACGUCCUGAUAUUCAAUUAAAUGUAAUGUUUUUUAUGUUCUAUAGCUUUAGUUCUUGUACAGCUUAAGUGAAUUUUUUAAAACUUUUUUUUAUUACACUUAUAACAUCACUGAAAAUUAAAAUAAUUCAUAUUCAAUCAAUGUUUUGAUUGGUGUAAAAAAUUUAUUGGGUAAAUAAAUAUGUUCUGUUUUAAAAUUGAGUCUUGAACUUAUUUUUAAUUAAGUAUAACUAUAUUUAAAAAUUCAAAAGCGUGAAUCCCAAAAUAAAUACCAUUUUCGUUGAGAGCAUACUAAAUAAGUUUGCAGCAAUGAAAUACACCUUAGGAUUUUUAUCGGUUUCAAAUAGAGCAUGGUCGCUAACAAAUUGUUUAAGGAACUCAAAUUAAUAUCCCGUUGAUGAUGCGUUCGAUGAGAUA